AUGAGCUGCUGGCCUCAGCGGCCCCCACCUCUGGGAGCAGCGCCCCCGCACCCUUCCGGCCCGGGGCUGCAGUACCGUCCCCGGCCGGCAGAGGCGCUGCGGGGCGGCGCCAGCGCGUUCCCACAGGUCGCGGCGGAGGCUGCGCCCCCUCCCCUGCCCGCUUCCUGGUCCUCGGGGUGUGAGGGCCGCAGCCUGGGACUCCAGACCCAGGGGCUGCGGGUGUCCUCGGCGGCCGCCUCAGCGUCCGCGGCGACGUCACGGUCCUCGCGGCCUCGCAGCCAGCGCUCGGGCCGGCCGCCUAAUGCCCGUGGACGCGCAUCUCCUCCCCGAGUUCCUGCUUCCCGGGCCAGCCAAAGCCGCAGAAUGUUUGGCAGACUCUUUCAUGACGCAGGAACCCUGAAGGAUCAUCUCACCUAUGGGCAAGUUCAGCAGAUAUAUCUUUGCGGCACCUACAUGUCCAGUUCAUCAAGCAGUCCAGAUGCAAAAGAACAUGAGAAAGCCUGAUGUGGCAGAAUGGAAAAGGGUGAGCCAACAGAAGAACAAGCAACCCCAGUGUUCUGCUCUCCCUUGAACAAGUGGAGACAAUAAUUUCACCAUUUCUACAAGGCUGAGCCCACUCCAGGAGGAACUGUGAGUCCUGGUCUCCAUUUACACAGAAAAUAAAGUAUUUUGAGGAUCCCCCAUGAUGUCCAAUUCCCUGUUGUUUCUGAAGUCCACAACAUUGUUUCCCUAGUCUCUGAUAACUGGUGUUGCAAUUUGUUUUUAAUUAUUUUUAUUUCAUGUGCAGGGUUGUUUUUCACACAUCUGUGCACCUUGUGGGUGCCUGGUGCCCAGAGAGGUCAAAGAGUGGGUCAGUUAGAUCUCUUGGAACUAGAGUUAUACUCAGGUGUGAGCCAUGAUGUGGGUGGUGGGAAUCGAACCCAGGUCCUCUACAACAGCAGCAGGGCCUCAAUUACUGAGCCAUAUCUCCAGCUCAGCUGUUGCCAUUUCUAACAUGGUCUCCUCCAUGUUGGAUCAAUGGUUCAGCUAUGCUCCAUCUUCCACUGACGUCUUGUCCUGAGGAAACUAUGUUUUGUUAUCUUUCAAGAUCACCAAGGAAAUGCAAGAAAGGCCCACAUAGGACAAACCAUGUGUAGUUAGAGAAAAGGCUGUCCCUUGGAGGGCGACUGUUUUGAUAGGCAGGGGGUUGUCUGGGAACUGUUUGUGAGCAUGGAAGUCUAAAGCCCUUUUGCAGGAUCCAGGGAGUGUUUCUACAAGUUACUUGCUCCCCAUUAUGCAACCUCCACCAUGUAGCUUUCCCCAAACUGACUCGUCCACUACCCAUUCAUAAAUGAGGCAAAGUAUUUCUCCAUAUGAGGAUAUUUUGCAGUGAAAGGGGGGCAGAGACAUGCUAUUCCCUCCUCUGUAGUGGGGAGCGGCGGGCUACGUUCCUGGCACCCGACCGCCUGCACGGCUAGCUUUAUACCCAAAAUAAUUUCACGGAAACUGUAUUCUUUUAAACACUG